AUGCUUCUCCGUGCAAAGAGCUCCACACGUACCGACCUCAAUAUCACUCCUCUCGCAUCUCUCCGUUCAUCAACUAGAAUAGGUCUGGAAUGGAACGGGGGAAAACUAUGUAAGGACUAUAUGGGGUUUAUAUCUAUUUCUGAGUCCAUUCUGGAAUACUUUCUGCCUUUAUUUGAAUCACAUGACAUGCACCAACAAACGAUCAAUGUGUUUGAGUACGACCUUGAGGGACGAUAUAUACCCCCUACUAGCUGUCAGGACCCGGAGAAGUACAACGACACCAUCUUUGCAGCAUCUCUGGAUGCACAGUACCACUAUGCUUUCAAGUGGUGGGGAGACUUGAGUUCGCCCAUUCAAGACAGGAGCCUGUUGGCGCAUUACUCUUUUCUAUGGUACUCGACUGUGGUGCUUCAGCAUUGUGUGGACCUCUACUCGGCUUUCCUCAAUGGGCAAGGCCACCUCCAUGAGCUCCCCAGCAAUGUGUUGGAAAUGUUGCAAUGGGGAGAAGACAUCAGCAUAGCAAGCACAGAUGGGAUACAAAAUCUCGGUGUGCAUUUUGAGCAUUGUAACGGGGAAGUACUCCUUGAGACAAAAGCUGGUGAUGAGUCACUGCCCUGGGCCAAUCUGUGCUGGUGCACCAUCACCCAGAUUCAUACUCCGGCAUGGAGGAGAAUCAGAGGGCGAUCAGUGACAGCAGGGCUGGUCAGCUGUGUCUGGAAGCUCAGCAAAGACAUGGAUAACACUGUGGAUAGGGUUGAAGUUGGUGAGCUGGUGUUAGUGUCAGAACCAGAUGUAAGAGAGUCUGCAUCAAUGAGCUAUGGGCUAUAG